AUGAGGGUGACAUCCGCCACCUGUGCUCUUCUGCUGGCUCUGAUCUGCAGCGUCCAGCUGGGGGAUGCCUGCCUGGAUAUCGAUAAACUGCUUGCGAAUGUUGUGCUUGAUGUGUCCCAAGACCUCCUGAAGGAGGAGCUUGCUCGUUAUAACCCCAGUCCCCUGACAGAGGAGUCCUUCCUCAAGGUCCAGCAAUGCUUUGCCAAUGUCUCCGUGAUAGAAAGACUCGCUCAUUUCGCUGUUAUUAAGAAGAUUCUUGAGAGCAACGAUUGCACAGAUGCAUCCUUCUGAUCUGAGGACCCCUGCAGAUCAGAUAUUGGCCCUCCUGCCUUCCUUGCGGCUCCCCACAU